AUGGCCAUGGGCGCCGGAGUGCGGGGAGCCGGGGCCAGCCGCGGGGCGGGGCUGCUGCGCUUUUCGGGCGGUCCCUGCGCUGCGCGGCGGGCGGGGAGGUGUGGCCGGGGCGCAGCGAUAAGCCGAGCUGCCCUGCGCUGGAGCCGGGACUCCGCGGGGCCGAGCUCGCUCUCCGGGCCCCAGCCCCGCCGGGGAGACGCGCCCCCGGUGCCCGGGCUCGGCUCGGGGGACAGGAGUUUGCCAGACUCCGCGCCGGCCAUGCAGCACCUGGGCAAGAUCCGCCGCUUCGCGCUGGAGCUGGCCGGCGGCCCGGCGCAGGGGGUGUACCGCGGCGGGGAGCUGCUCGCCGGCCAGGUGGUGCUGGAGCUCACCACGGGGCUGAAGGUGCGAGCGCUGGAGGUCUGCGCCCGGGGCUUGGCCACGGCGCACUGGCUGGAGAGCAGGAGCGUGGGGAUGAACACGGUCUACAGCGACUACAGCGCCUACGAGCCCUACCUCCGGUCGCGCUACCAGCUCAUCCGCGACAAUGGUGAAGUCACAGUUCUGCAGGCAGGAAAACACGAAUUCCCCUUCACGUUUCAGCUCCCAGAGACUCUGGCCACCUCCUUUGAGGGCCGGCACGGGAAUGUGCGCUACUGGGUGAAAGCCAAGCUGCACAGACCCUGGUCCGUUGUCAAGAAAGCGAAGAAAGAAUUCACCGUGAUUGAGCCCAUUGACAUCAACACUCCGGCCUUGCUGGCUCCUCAGGCGGGCGUGAAGGAGAAGCUCGCCCGCGCCUGGUACUGCAACAGGGGCCAGGUCUCUGUAUCAGCCAAGAUCGACCGAAAAGGCUACACGCCAGGUGAGGUCAUCCCCAUCUUUGCUGAAAUUGACAACUGCAGCACCCGUACCGUAGUGCCCAAAGCUGCCAUCAUCCAGACUCAGACGUUCAUUGCCCGGGGUGCCAAGAAGCAGAAGAAGUCUGUGGUGGCCAGCAUAGCUGGCGACUCCAUUGCAGCUGGGAAGAGGGAAGUGUGGCAUGGCCGAGCGCUGAAGAUCCCUCCCGUGGGCCCCUCAAUCCUGCAGUGCCGCAUUAUCCGUGUGGAAUACGCCCUAAAGGUCUGUGUCGAUAUUCCUGGGACCUCCAAGCUGCUCCUGGAAUUGCCGCUUGUGAUUGGGACAAUCCCACUGCAUCCGUUCGGGAGCCGCACAUCCAGUGUCAGCAGCCAGUACAGCGUCAACCUGGACUGGCUCCGAAUGGUGAUCCCAGAGGAGCCGGAGGCUCCCCCUGAAUAUUCAUCUGUUGUGUCCAGUGAAGAGUCGGCGCAGAACCUGUCCCCGCCCUGCCAGGAUGAACUCGGCAAUGGCUUGGAAGGCCCUUUCUUUGCUUACAUCCAAGAGUUCCGCUACCGUCCUCCUCCACUGUACUCCGAGGUGGAUCCAAACCCCACAUCGGACAGCAUCCGGCCACGCUGCAUGACCUGUUGAAGGAAGUGCCACUGAGUGCAGUUACUAGAAUACAAAUCCUGUGGGGAUGAGAAGCUUGCAGACUCGCAGGACUUCAGCCCUGGGUAUCCAGAUCGGCGUCCAAGAGGCUAUUGCGAGGCCGGCGCUCGUGUGGAGCUGAGAACCUGUUCGCUCACUGCCGCUUGAAACCACCUGUUGCGGCUACAUCCCAUGGACUGACUCCUCUUGCCCCAAAGCUGAAACGAGGGUGUUGGACUUGCCAUGUGGGGUCAGAGCAGCUCCUGAGCGCGUGGUGCAAGGGAGGCAGAGGAGGGUGGAGGGUUAAGAAAUCUUCUGCAGGAGUAUGGGGUUCAAACAAGCCCCUUCAUCUUGCAGCUACCAUGGUCUUGCUCCAGCUAACUCCUGCCAAUAGAAAACAGGACAGGGAAGUGCUUCUCAGGAUUACUGGAAAGCAUUUUAAUCUUGCUCUGGGUAAGGGUUUAAACACCAUGGUAAUCUGAGGGCACCCUCCAGCUACUGCAUUCUUAUAAAGUCACCAGGAUUUCAGUCUCUGAAGAAUUAAAUGGGGUUGUUCUCCCCAAACUGAGGCUCGGCCCUUGCUGUCCAGCACCCAUGAGCCUUAAGUUGUGUCCCGGGGUGCCUGCCGCUGGGGCUGUGCAUUGCAUCUGGUCUAACACUCCGGGAAUUAAAUGUGUAAAGACUCUUCCCUUGAGUCAGGGAUUGUAUAGGCGCCAGGGGGCCGAGAGCUGCGAGCUCAGGGAAGAACUCCUGUUCUAUAAACAGCAAGACUUAUGGUGCCGUCUUGGUCACCAGAUCUAGUUUGGUCCCUGCCAGGCAUCAGACAAACGUGCAAAACCCACUGAACCUCCUGCUGAUGCAGAAAGCUGUGCCUUGAUCUUUAAAAGGCUUGUGCCUUAGGGGCUGCUAGAAUUGUCCCAGUAGCAUUUGAUUGCCCUCAAUAUAUGCCUGAGUAAAAGGUGAAUGGGAAAUCGGGAAAGCUGCCAGCCGCAGGGCCACACAGUCGCUGACAUGGUCAGUGUCGGGUAGCCCAGCACUGGAGGGUACAUGCAAUGAGGCCUAUAGACACUAGGCUGAGUAGGGAAGAGCCUUAAAUCCAGUCCUGCUGCAGGUGGACUUGCCUGUGGACUUGCUGCCUUGUUAACACUUCACCCAGCACCUCGUGGGUGGGGAAGAGCCACAGGUCUGCCUGCCAUUAGCAGAGUGAGGCAGAUGCUGCUGAUUGUAAGCACUGAAAGCUGGUAAAUCCUGUUGGGAAGGGAAGAAGAGGUUGUAAUGAAGAUUGCUUGGGUGCAUCUGCCUUUGGCUUCAGGCUGGUCUUACUGCGCACAGUGCAGACUAGACCAGAGAUCUUGGCCAUUGAUUGUUCCAUGGUGAAUGGUGCAUUCCAUGGUGUGAGGCUAAAACUGCCUGCAGUGGCCACCCCCAGCCUGGGGGUUAGAACCACUGACAGCCACGGUAUUCCAGCUCCGAGCCAAAGCAAAUGGUCCCUAACCAGCUUACUUUAGCUAUGCAGUCGGUUUCCUCCACUAGGAACUGGAAAGGCUAUUUUUGUUUUUUUUAUAUAUACACCUGUAACUGGUGGGUUGUUUUGUUUGUUUGUUUUUUAUAUUUUUGUCUUAAUUCUGCUUUUGUACAACUCCAGGUUUUGAAAUAAACUCUUGUUAUACUGAA